ACACAGGUGGCGCUUGGGAGGGAGAGCGGCUGGCUGGAGUGUUUUGGUCGGUCCCGGUCAGUCUUGCCCCACACACUCUGGUAAUAAGUGUUUCCGUAUUCCCGGCAGCUUCUCCCUGUACCAAGCACCGCCACGCAGCACCAGAGAGCCAUGAGUACGUAAGGGGUCAAUUUCAAAAUGAAAUACGUUACGUACGUAAGCCAGGGGCACUCGCCUGUGACGUCAUCAACAGACUGGGACUUCUCCGGCUCCAGUGUCUCUUGGUCAAUAUUUACCGUAAUUUCCAGUGUUUUCCAGGUAUUUCCAGCUGUUUAUAAACUCAGCACCCCAAGAAGUGAAAUAAUUCCCUCCUCGCCUCGCUGACGCGUUCGCCUCGCCUCGCCUCGUGGGUGACGUAACCACACCAAGCAACACAAGUUACACAACACAAUGAAAACGUCUUCCCACACAUUCAAUAACGGUUCAGCGGAUCUUCAUAUUUCCCUUUGCAUUUUUUUUCAACGCAAGAUAUAUUUCGGCUGUAUGAUAAUUUACGAAGUUCAUUCAACUCUGCAGCCUCCAAGUUCUCGCCUAGAACACUACUACAACACAUGAACCACAUUAGAAUAAGUGGAAGCCAGUGUUAUUUAAAAGGAAAUAAAAAAGCUUCUUCUGUCCUUUGUCAUCGUGAAUAUACUGUGGAAAUAGUAAUGAUUUAUAGGGCAAAAUAGAGAGAGGCUGAGCUCUAAGCCAAGGCCAGAGGAGAUAAACCGGCAUUCGCACGCAAUGUUUAUGUGAGAUGCUUGGCUCUUUAGCACAAAAUAUACAUGAUUCACAGUUCAUAUCUCGUCCCCCAUGAUCAUUUCCUAAAGUUCAGUCAACUCUGCAGCUUCCAAAGUUUUCACCCAGAACACGUUAAACUAUAGACAAGCACCACAUUGCAAUAAGCGAGAAACCAAUAAUAUGAAAAGAAAACCAAAAAGCUUCCUAUACCCUUUAUCUUCGUGAAUACAGUGGGGAAAUGAUAGAUAUUUAUGAAGAAAACAGAGAAUUUUAGGUCCAAGCCAGGGCCAGGAGGGACAAACGGGCAUUCGGAGGCAAUGUUUAUGUGUGAGCUACGUGGGUCUCAGCUGGGUGCAUUUGUGCCGUUUUGAAAGGGUGGCAGGAGCCCUACUCGCACAUUUCAAGCUGUUAGGAGACGCCCCACGCCUCCUUCAUGUGGGCCGAGCUUCUCUCCCCUUGCUGUGGUCCUUCUAACUGCUGACGAGAUGGAGAUACUGUCCUUCCUUGCCGUGGUGGGGCUUAUCCACGCGGCCCUCUACUUCACCGACCAGUUCCUCAAGAGCUGCAUGAACAUGCCCUACAUCUACUUCCUGGAGAAUGUGGGUCUGUGGAUCAAGCCGCUGCAGCUUCACUGGUUCACCACGGCCUUCAACCGCACCGUCACCAAGUGGGCGCUGUGGAGACCACGCUUCUUCCGGCUCUGGUUCAGUGUUGGUGCUGUUGUCGUCACAUUGCUCCUCCUGCCAUCUCUGUUCCUCCUCAUCACCGGGCUGGCCAACCACCUGAGGCCGGUGCAGGAGCAGGCUGUAGCCACCCUGCAGCCCAUGGUCCCAGGCAUCAACAUCCCCAUGAAGGAGCUACCUUACUACUUUGUCACACUGCUGAUGGCUUCUGUCAUCCAUGAGGCCGGGCAUGCCUUUGCUGCCGUCCAGGAAGACGUCCAUGUCAACGGGUUUGGGUUCCUCUUGAUGUUCAUCCUGCCGGGCGCCUACGUGGACGUGCCCACCGAGGAGAUCCGGGCACUGACACCAUUCAGGCAACUCAAGAUCCUGUGUGCCGGUGUGUGGCACAACAUUGUGCUGGUGAUGCUGGCGCUGGGCCUGGGCCUCUCCACACCCUACCUGAUGUACCCACUGUACGACAGUGGGAGGGGCCUCAGCGUCAUUGCCAUAACCAAGGACUCUCCUGCACGUGGCAUGACAGGUCUGGAGGUGGGGGAUGUCAUCACAUCUGUCAACAAGCAGCCAGUGGUUAGCGUGGCGGAGUGGCGGCAGGCCCUCGUCGCCAGCACCACGAAGGACCAGACGGGCUUCUGUGUGCCCGAGGCCGUGGUGCACAACCAUGACGAGACAGUGCAGCAUGGUGAGACGUAUGAGGGUGUGGAUGGGUCUGUGCAGUGCUGUGAGGGCGACAGUGAUGCCCACUUCUGCUUCGAGCUGCUGGAGGACCGAGAGGCAGAUGUAGGUGUGGCCGCCAUGCACCCAUUCUCCUGCCUCCCUGCCCGCAUCGCCAUCGCCAGGAGUGACAAGGUGUGUGUCACCUCCACCACCUGCCCCCCAGACACCCACUGCCUGGCACCUUCCCUCAAGAACAUCACACGACUGGUGCAGAUCAGCCGGGGGAUGAGGGGCGGUGGGCUGGCAGCGGAGCAGGAGGACGUGUUGUACCUGGGGCCACCAGCCUACCUCUACCACACCGUCACCCUCACCAGCUACGUGACCAAGUAUCCCUACCUGUCCCCGGCCUGGCCCAGCAGCCUGGAGAUCUACUGUGACUACAUGGUGAAGUUCUCUGGGGCCCUGGCUGUGCUUAACAUGGUGCCUGUGCUGUACCUGGAUGGCUACUGGAUCUUUGGUGCCAUCAUUGACUUCUUCCUGGCGCCUCGCUGUGACCACAUCACCAGGAAGAUUGUCCAUGCAGUCCUGACAAUGGUUGGGAGCAUGCUGCUCUUUGCCAAUAUUGCUCUGGGUGUGUGGAGCAUUUUGUGAGGACACAAGGUUCGGUGGUGUGUGGCUGUUGGUGAUGUGUGUGUGGUGUGUCAGGGCCUGGUGGUGUCCUGUGUGCUGGGUGACUUGGAUGCUGGCUAGUGGACCAAGUGGUAGAUGUAGAAGUGGAAAGACCUGCCAUAGUAUUAAAAGCGUGGGAAUUACUACAUUUUAGUAGUAAUCCCCACGAUAACUUAAUAUGUUAUUGCAUAUCUUGUGAUUCUCACCCCUCAGUGUUCAGAAGGUUUGAUAUGAAGGCUGUAAAUAUUCAAGAAUGGAGGGCCAGUGUCACUAUUGAAAAUAUUACAAGCAAGUGCAGGCAUGAUCCGGUAGCCAUGAGCAGCAGGCCAGCAAUACACAGGCCACCACCGCCAUGACGCCUGGGUGCAAGGUGCCGUCCACUGCUGUGGUGCAGUGUGCUACUUUUGUCUGCUUUAAUCCUCUAGUCCGGGUGUGGUGGUGCAUGGUGCUGCCUUGUCAGCGGCAGGGAUGUCAAGGGUGACCGUGGUGGUGCAUAGUAAGUAACAUUGACCACCAGCCUUUGCUGGAAGCUUUGUGAAGGGCAAGUGAGUCAUGCAGAGGAAGCUCACUCACGAACAGUUUGCUUACACGUGUAUAUAUCUCUUUCAUGCUGAAAUGCUCUCAAUGCUGAUUUUAAUGUGAUCAACUGGUACAAGUUAAGUAUGAGGAGUGGAUGCUGUUGUGUGUGUGUGUGUGUGUGUGUGUGUGUGUGUGUGUGUGUGUGUGUGUGUGUGUGUGUGUGUGUGUGUGUGUGUGUGUGUGUGUGUGUGUGUGAAGGGCAAGCUGUGGUGCCUCCUGAGCUGUUGAUUCAACCUCACCAUGGACUAAAGUGUUGCCACAAUGAUCAACAUCUGGUUGUCUCUUUGCCAUUCAUUGAUACAUUCCCAGCUGGCUGGUGCUGGAGUGCUGCCAAGGGUAAAGCUUCAGGCAGGAAACAGCAGCUUGGUGAGUGCAAUGUGGGGACAGGACAGUGGGUGGUUGACAUCCGUAAGUCUAAAAGUGAAGUGCAGAAAGGAAGAAUCCCACGAAGACUAUCACAUGACAUAACUCAUUUGCAUCUAUAGUAAAAUACCUCUUAUUUAAUGUAAUCUUUGUAGGAUUUGGAGGCACCAGACUGAGCCUGUAUCAGGUGAAGGUUUCCAGACUGGGUGAGAGUAGUUGAAGUGACAUCAUGUCCUGGGGCAAUUCUCCAGAUCUUACACACCUCAUUGCAAGACAGUCUACUUCUGUGGGAGUGCUGAAUGAGUGUCAGUGACUGCACGGCUGUAUGAUGGAGGAUAGUUAAUAGCAAUACUCGCACAUUUAUGCAUUUCUUCAUGUAGAAGUUGUUAUGACAUUGUGUACAAAUGACAACUUUUUUGAAGAUUUUAUAAUGUUGAAAUUUACUACAUAGUUUUCAGAGCUUGUUCUACCCAUGUAAGCCAUCUAACAAUACCCUGAUUCAGUGUGUUGCAAUAUUCCCUCACAGCCUGUGAUGACAGUCCCAGAGUGGCUGCCUCCACUAAGGUGUGACGUGUGUGUGUGUGUGUGUGUGUGAAUGAUGCCUUUGUUUUUCCAAGCAUUUAUUUUUAUAACUGAUUUUACCAUAUGGAGUGAGGGGACCUGGGACCCCUUCCUCUGUAUUUGUAAUCCUACUUUGAGGCAGGAUAUAAUAUCUUGUCACUGCUACCUCCUCUGUAAUGGGGAUGCCUGCCCAGUGUAUUGAUAGUUAUUACCACAUCUGAAACAUGGCUGUAAUGUUAUGUCUGACUACACAGGCCUUCUUGCAUGUUGUGACUGAGGGUCAAGCCACUUCCCUUCCAGUCCCCUGUCCCACUCUCAAGAUUUUCACACUUAGCAUAAUGUAUUACUAUGCACACUUUGAUAAUCUGUAGAAGCUGUUCAUCUUGUUAUAUCUCUUGAUCAUUUUGUUACUAGGUACAUUGAUAUAUAUAUAUUUUAUGAUCAACUAUUUGUCCAAACUACUCUGUAAAAGAGAAUUAAGCUUCCUUAUAUGGACAAGGAGACAACACAUUGUGUGUGUGUGUGUAAUAUACAUAGCUGGAUGCGAUAAUGAAAAAAUCUGUCAUGAAAACUGAUAAAUCGAUAACAAUAACCAUAUCAGCAAUAACCAAUAAUCAAUAACUGGUGAUAAAUUUAUCGCCUGAUAACUGAUGACCAGUAAAUCGAUAAAUCCAAAAUUACAAUACCAGCAAUAACGAUAUAAAAAAUAUAUAUAUAUAUAUAUAUAUAUAUAUAUAUAUAUAUAUAUAUAUAUAUAUAUAUAUAUAUAUAUAUAUAUAUAUAUAUAUAUAUAUAUAUAUAUAUAUAUAUAUAUAUAUAUAUAUAUACACGAGACGCAACUGGGCUGGCAGGAAGCACUAAAAUUAUUGUCAUGGAGUGUUAUACUUAGGAGUCUGAGUCUGUUCUAAAGGAAUUAAAAGAUGCUGCAUGUCAAUAGAUUUUUUUUUUUUUUUUUCAGAGAUUCACUGGGCCUUGUGAAAGUUUCAAAAUCUGAAAAUGUUUCUUAACUGUAUUAUUCCUCAUUUUAUAACUUUAAUUAUUCAACAUAGUGAAAUCAGAAGUAUAUCACAUAAAAACCAAGAAAAUGUCUAUAACGAAAUAUAAGUCACAAUUGCAUAUACUCUGUGUAGGACACAAUAAACAGGUAAAGUAAAGCGAUGGUGAACAACCGACGCACUCAGUGUGCUUACCUUUCAGUGCAGUUUAGUCGUUUCUUUACUUUUGGCACUUGGCCCCUUGUUGCACCCAACUACUAAUAUAUAUAUAUAUAUAUAUAUAUAUAUAUAUAUAUAUAUAUAUAUAUAUAUAUAUAUAUAUAUAUAUAUAUAUAUAUAUAUAUAUAUAUAUAUACACAUACAUACAUACAUACAUACAUACAUACAUACACACACAAUUAUGGGUACAUAUCUAGUGCCAGAUAACCCAGAUAGAAAAGGGAAGCAGCUAGCAGCUCUAUGAGUCCAGUGAGUGAAGUGCGCGACAUAUUUAGUUGUAAGUACUUAUACAAAUAUAUUGGAGGUGUGUGUGUGUGUGUGUGUGUGUGUCAGGCACUGGUGUUGAAGUGUUUGGUGUGGGUGGUGUGGCAGUGGUGUGGGAUGACCGCUUGUGGUGAUUUAUGGUAGGCAUCCAUCUCUGAAUUUUAUAUUAAACAUUCUACAUCCAGGAAAGUCUUAUUACCAGACGUGCAGGAGCCUGCCAGUGAAUAGACAGUUAGUGAACCUCAAGCAACAAGGAGUACAAACUUGUCUCGGCAUUAUAGUAACCUUACAUGCCUUAUGUUGCUGUACUCUUUAGUUCGUAUUAUCAUGGUGCCAAGAUUCAGUGCUUUAUUUUACCUUGGGAUCUGGUUAUUGCCUGGCUGCUGACCUUGUUUCCAUUUAUAAGUAGUCUUCAGAAAAAAAAAAAAAAAUGCUGUCAUUAUACUGAAAAAUGUUAUGCUUCUUUAUAAGUACGUAAUACUAAUAAUGAACUUGUAAUUAAUGAAUAAAUAAAUGAUUAAAGCAUCCAUAUAGGCUCUUAACACAAGCAAUUAAUAUACAGGAGAGAGAGAGAGAGAGAGAGAGAGAGAGAGAGAGAGAGAGAGAGAGAGAGAGAGAGAGAGAGAGAGAGAGAUUAUUAAUGACGUUUAAUCGUAUUUUACGGCUCUUGGCAUAAUCACAUGUAAAGGACUAAGAUAAACAAUAGAUAAAAUAAAUAGAGGCACAGAUGAAGGUAGUUACAAGUCUACCUCCGUGAGUAGAUGCCACUGAUCCUUUUAAGUGGUUAAUUACCGCCUCGUACGAAACAAUAUAAAUUUAAGUACCACCACCAUCACCAC